AUGAACUGUGGAUGCCUCACCGCGAUUGAUUCUCAACUGAUCACCGCUCAGUGCUUCUGCUUCGUCGACGACACGGAUGUGAUCGAAGCGGGCAAGUCCGUGGAACAAUCUGGCGAGGAUAUAUGCCCCUCCGUCCAACAAGCGGCUUCCACGUGGGCUGGAGGCAUUAGUGCUACUGGGGGGGCAAUUAACCCAGAAAAGUCCUUUUGGUGGUUGAUUGACUUUGUGUGGGACUCCAGAGAGGGCAAAUGGAGGUUCCGCCGGACGCACCAACUUCUACCGGAUCAUCCAUUACAAAUACCUGCACUGACUGGCGAAUUGGAAGCCUUACGCCGUCUGGAGCCGGAUGAGGCAGAGAAAACCUUGGGGGUCAUGUUGGCCCCAUUGGAAGAUCAACAUGCUCACGUCGUCCACCUCAAGAGUAUCGCCAAAAAGUGGGCUGAGCAAGUGCGAUCGGGGCAUCUACACAAAUACGAUGUCAUUCCCCUUAUCAAGACAACAGUGAUGAAAUCCCUGGAAUAUCCUAUGGUGUUAACUACACUGGAUGCUGCGACAUGGGUGUCGAUUAUGAGUCCUGUUCUCCAAGUCUGCCUGCCGAAGGCCGGCAUAUGUAGGAGCUUUCCUCGUGACAUGGUUCUUGCCCCUCUCAAAUUCCAUGGUCUGGGCAUCCCCCAUCCGUUUGGUACUCAGGUGUCUAAACAUAUUGAGGUCCUGCUUUGCCACUUGUCCAACCGAACAAAAACUGGGGCAUAUAUGGAGGCUGCGGUUCAAGAACACCAACUUGAGACCGGCACCUCCUUUGGACUCUUCCAGCAGGACUAUAGCAACACGGCAAUUUUGGCGUCAGAUACUUGGCUCAAAAGAGUCUGGAAAGAGUUGGAGGACUUGGAUAUCUACGUUGCUCUUGACUCUCCUGUCCUCCCUCUCCGGUGCAAAGGCGAUGCCUUGCUCAUUGAGGUAUUCAUGGAGUUGGAAGUGGAUCAGGACGCUCUAAAGUGGCUCAACUGGUGCCGUAUGUUCCUCCAAGUUUGCACCGUCUCCGACAUCGUGACGGCCGAUGGCCGCAGCAUACGAGAGUCCAUGUGGCAUGGGGAACGUGACUACGCUCAUCGGUCGUCAUAUCAAUGGCCUCGCACUGUCCGGCCCAACAGGAACCACUGGAAGGUGUGGCAGGAACACCUUACUCGAGCACUACUUGUCUCUGACGGACCCCAGCGCCUACUGCGUCAUCCUCUGGGCCCAUGGAUCGAUCCUCUCGACAACUGGAACUGGUUAUGGUCUUCUACCCACGGAUUGUUCCACCGCCAGGGCCACGGGUGGCAACACUACCGUCACCGUCGCUCCUCCACACGGAGCAUUCAAUGGGACUAUCCUCGUUCUACGCAAUUGUCCGGGUGCAAACGACCACAUAACGAGCAUACCGACAACGGCGUCAGCUUCUUGCCAGCCCCCUUUUGGACCCAACCACUCCCAGCUGACUUGUGCCGAGCUACCGUCCACAUCACACCUUCGCUAGGCACUCUAGCCCUCACCGGCAUUGGGACAGCACCGCUGCAGCCGCAUCACGACUCUCAACCGUCCUUGCUGGCCGCCUGGAUGGCCGCCUCCGCCAGGGUGACCGAGUAUGUUGGCUGGACCCCUGAAGAAAUUGAGAUCGAUGGCGACGAAAGCCUCCUUGCUGCAGCCCUACUCGAAGACCGGCUGUGUGUGAUCAGCGACGGUUCUUAUAAGCUCGGUCUGGGCACGGCAGCGGUUCAACUGCUUCCACGUAAGGGUGGCACGGAACCUAUUAUUGUUCGGUGCCAGACUCCAGGUCUAACUGAUGACCAGAGCGCAUACCGGAGUGAAUUGAUUGGCCUACUGGCCGGUAUCAUGGUUGUUGAUUGGCUCCUGGACCAGUGGGCCCCAACACUUCGAUCACCACCCCGCGUUAGGAUUGGGUGCGAUGGAUUUUCGGCGUUGCUCAACACCUUUGGUGACAACCGAGUCACACCGCAACAAGCCCAGUUUGACCUGGUCUCCUCUAUCCGGGAGGCACUUGCCCGCUCUCGGGCCUCGUGGGAACCUAGCCACGUGUACGGUCACCUUGAUACGGCGACAUCCUUUUCGUGCCUCUCUUGGUGGUCCAAACGGAAUGUGGAAGUGGAUGCGUGGGCGGUGGCCUAUCGCCACCAGCUCGAAGCUUCACACCGAUUGCUUGCACCUAACGCUCGUUUCUUUACCAAAUUGGCUGCCCUCUACAUCGGGGACGUCAAACAGUCGCGAUUGAAUCCAGAACAGGUCCAGGAACUGGUGGCGCUGCCUGCUCUACGCAAGCGAUGGCACGAGCGGCAGACGAUUACACCAGAGGCAGAGCUGGAGACCGAUUGGACCAGUCUGGCUCGCGCCAUGAGCUCCCUUCCGGCAGGUGUCCAACGUUGGACCACAAAGCAUGUCGUGGGUAUGUGUGGUGUAGGGAAGUUCAAAGUCCGGUGGGGUGCCGCAGACUCAGCUGCAUGUCCCUGCUGUGGCGAGUUCGAGGACCACCUUCACGUUCCUCGAUGUACGGCGCCCUCGGCGAGUGCGGAAUGGGAGCGCUGGACGGCGUUGUUGGACCAAUGGUUGGACACCCAAGUCACUGACCCAGCCAUCAAACACGCUAUCCUCUACCUUCUUCAAGGGGUUCGUGAUCCGUCCCUACCUCGCAGUCGGUUGGUUCCGGUUCGUCUUCGCCGCGCUUUCCUCUCCCAACAACGCAUCGGCUACCAAGGUUUAUUGGAAGGCCGGCUGUCUGUUCAGUGGGCGGCCCUGCAGGAACAGUACCUUCAGUCACGAGGGAGCCAACGCUCUCCGACCCUGUGGGUCUCUCGCCUGUCGCAUCAGCUGAUCUUGCUUGGAUUUCAUAUGUGGGAACACCGGAACUCGGUGCAACAUUCGGAGGACAAUGUACAGCUACGCGAACGUAGCCGAUUGGCGAACGAUGGUAUAGACUCUCAGUUUGAUAUGGGCCCAACCAACCUCCCCAAGGUAGUUCAACGCAUGCUUGCUGUGAAACGCCGAACUGUGUUGAACAAGCCGUUGGUCGAUAGGGAAGAGUGGCUGAAGCUGGUUAGAAUGGAACGCACGGCCUACCGCCGCGCUCUGGCGCCCCAACGCCGUAUCCUUCACCGCUUCUUCCACCCGGCCCAGGCCCCCUAA